UAACUCACAGUGUCACUCGCUCAUUACACGGAAUACGUUGGGUACUCUGCUCGGCAGUCUUCUCAUCCUCUGCCUCGCCAUUUUCACGACAAUGUAAUAACCAGGCCAAAACACAAAAACCCCAACUACGAAGACAAAAAGCCCCAAACCCCUUUUUUAACAUUUAUACUAUAAAAUACUAAUACAAAGCAAAGAAUCUGAUCACCUUCUCUUCUUCUUCUUUCCUCUCCUCUGUUUCUCUAUCUUCUUAAUCCAUAAUGGACUUUGUUUGAGAAACAAACCCACCAAUCCAAAACAGCCCUUUUCAGCAAUUUUUCAUCUUCUUUCUGUUUUUCAUGGCGGCUUCUGGUGGGUUGGUCUCUGAGCCAUCUUCACAGCAAGAGGUUUUUCAAUGGCUGAAAAACCUACCGUUAGCACCAGAGUACCAUCCUACUCUAGCAGAGUUCCAAGAUCCAAUUGCAUACAUUUUCAAAAUCGAGAAGGAAGCUGCCAAGUAUGGUAUCUGCAAAAUCGUGCCCCCUGUCCUUGCGGCUCCCAGGAAAGCUGCAAUUGCUAACCUCAACCGCUCACUGGCCGCCCGUGCUGGCUCCUCCAGUUCGAAAUCCCCACCCACAUUCACUACCCGCCAGCAGCAGAUCGGGUUCUGCCCACGGAAGCCCCGGCCGGUGCAAAAGCCCGUGUGGCAGAGCGGAGAGAACUAUACUUUUCAAGAAUUCGAAACUAAAGCUAAAUCCUUCGAGAGAAGCUACCUAAAGAAAUGCUCGAAGAAGGGAGCUCCUUCUCCUCUCGAGAUUGAAACCCUAUACUGGAAAGCUACUGUCGAUAAGCCUUUCUCUGUUGAGUAUGCUAACGACAUGCCGGGCUCUGCUUUCUCACCGAAGAAGACUGGAGGAAAGGAGGUGGCAGAAGGGGUGACUGUUGGGGAGACGGACUGGAAUAUGAGAGGAGUAUCGAGGGCAAAAGGUUCGUUGUUGAGGUUUAUGAAGGAGGAGAUACCCGGGGUUACUUCACCGAUGGUAUAUGUAGCUAUGAUGUUUAGUUGGUUCGCUUGGCAUGUGGAGGACCAUGACUUGCAUAGCUUGAAUUACUUGCAUAUGGGGGCAGGAAAGACUUGGUAUGGUGUGCCGAGAGAGGCUGCGGUUGCUUUUGAGGAGGUCGUUCGGGUUCAUGGGUAUGGAGGAGAGAUGAAUCCCCUUGUCACAUUUGCAAUUCUUGGUGAGAAGACUACAGUUAUGUCACCUGAAGUAUUUGUUGGUGCUGGUGUACCAUGCUGCAGGUUGGUGCAAAAUGCUGGGGAGUUUGUUGUCACUUUCCCAAGAGCCUAUCAUUCAGGGUUCAGUCAUGGAUUUAAUUGUGGGGAGGCAGCUAAUAUAGCAACACCUGAAUGGUUGAGGGUUGCUAAGCAUGCUGCUAUUCGGAGAGCUUCAAUUAAUUAUCCUCCAAUGGUGUCACAUUUCCAAUUACUUUAUGAUCUUGCACUAGAACUAUGUACAAGAAUGCCUCUGAGCAUCAGUGCUAAACCGCGUAGCUCUAGACUAAAAGAUAAGCAAAAGGGUGAAGGAGAAACGCUGGUUAAAGAAUUAUUUAUAAAGAAUGUAAUUCACAAUAAUGGCCUACUUCAUAUUCUUGGAAAAGGAUCUUCAAUUGUGCUUCUUCCUCGAAGUUCUUCAGACAUUUCUGUUUGUUCAAAUUUGCGUGUUGGAUCUCAGUUAAGAGCAAGCCCUGCCCUUGGGUCAUGGAGUAACAAGGGUAUAAUGAAAUCCUCAAAGGAUUCAGUUUCUGAUGAAAUCAUGCUAGAAAGGAACAAUAGAAUCAAUCAUGCAAAAGGCCUAUUUUCGGUGAAAGAAAAGUUUGCUUCUUUGUGUGGAAGAAAUAGAUUUUCCUCGUUGGAUGGAAAUGACAGUAUGAAUAGUACAGAAACAGGCAAUGAAAACAGGGAAUCUAUUCAUGGUGAUAAGUUGUCUGAUCAGAGACUGUUUUCUUGUGUUACUUGUGGAAUUUUGAGCUUUGAUUGCAUUGCUGUCAUUCAACCAAGAGAAGCUGCUGCUAGAUACCUCAUGUCUGCUGAUUGUAGCUUCUUUAAUGAUUGGAUGGUUGGUUCUGGAGUAACUAAAGAUGGGUUCACCAUUGCCCAUGGAGACACAAAUACUUCUGAGCAGAAUUCAUCUACUAAAUGGGUGGAGAAGAAUAAUGUGGACGGUUUAUACGAUGUCCCUGUUCAGUCUGCUAAUUACCAAAUUCAGAUGAUGGAUCAAAAUAUAGUUGCUUCAAAUGUUGAAACACAGAGAGCCACUUCUGCUCUUGGCUUGCUAGCUUUGAAUUAUGGGAAUUCAUCGGACUCUGAGGACGAUCAGGUUGAACCAGAUGUUUCACACCAGGCUACUGAAAUUGACAUGACAAACUGUUCAUCAGAAAGCAAACAUCAGUAUCAAAUUUCUGCUUUGCCUUCUUUCAAGCAAGAGUUCCAUCAUGACACAACUGGCAGUCAUAUUGUAUCUUUAUCAAGGCAUGAUAAUGGACAUGAAGUUACUCUUCAGACUCUUGAUGGGCAUGCAGAACACGGACAUGGGCAUAUGCCAGCCAAUUUCAAGGAUGGAAGUGACCAAACGCUUGACUCCUCUGUUGAGUUUGAAACUGAUAAUCUUGCUUCUUUGGAAUCGAAUGGUUUGGAGCAUACUUUUAAAGAUUCAAUGCUAACAUCACUCAAAACUUCAAGUUGUUCCCCAGUCAUCCAUGAUACUGAAAAAGUUGUUGUACCAAGAGAGAAUACAGAUGAAUCAUUUGCCCAAAGAUCUGAUGAAGAUUCUUCUCGCAUGCAUGUCUUCUGUCUUGAGCAUGCUGUGGAAGUGGAGCAGCAAUGUCGUCCAAUUGGAGGAGUGCAUAUAUUGCUUCUCUGUCAUCCAGAGUACCCCAGGAUAGAAGCUGAGGCAAAGUUAGUGACAGAAGAACUGGGGAUUGAUUAUUUCUGGAAUGAUAUUACUUUCCGGGAUGCUACCAAAGAGGACAAGGACAAUAUCCAGUCAGCUUUGGAUAGUGAGGAAGCCAUACCAGGGAAUGGGGACUGGGCUGUAAAGUUGGGCAUCAAUCUUUUUUACAGUGCCAAUCUUGGCAGAUCUUCUCUUUAUAGUAAGCAAAUGCCAUACAAUUCUGUUAUAUACAAAGCUUUUGGUCGUGUUUCUCCAGCUAGCUUGCCCACAAAGUUUAAUGUUUAUAGAAGGAAGCCUAGCAAGCAGAAAAAAGUGGUGGCAGGAAGAUGGUGUGGAAAAGUUUGGAUGUCAAAUCAAGUUCAUCCUUUUCUAACAAAACAAGAUUCUGAUGAUCAGGAUCAAGAACAAGAACAAGACAGAAGCUUCCGUGGUUGGACAAGGCCAGAUGAGAAGCUUGAGAGAAAAUCAGAAAAUAUCUAUAAGACUGAAACCACCUUAGCUGCCAGAAAAUCUGGGAGGAAGAGGAGAAUGACAGUACCAAGUGGACCAGGUAAGAAAGUCAAAUGUCUGGAUGCAGAAGAUGCAGCUUCUGAUGAAUCAGAAGAGGAUGUUUCUCAUAAGCAGCAUACAAGAGUUUAUAGUAGGAAGCAAACUAAACGCAUUGAAAGAGAAGUUUCACUUGAUUCAUUAGAGGAUGAUUUUCAUUUGCAUUAUGAAAAAAGAACUCACCGAAACAAGCAGGCUAAAUCUGUUGAUAGAGAAGAUGCAAUUUCAGAUGACUCAUUGAGAUGUAACACUAAUCAGCAUAGAAGAACUCUUAGAAGCAAACAGGCCAAAUAUAUUGAGAGUGAAAAUGAUAUUUCUUAUGCUUUUGCAGACAACAAAAUUAACAAGCAAUAUAGCAGAAUUCAGAGAACUAGAACAAAUCAAGCCAAAUAUGCUCAGACGGUACGUGAAAUAUCUGAUGAUUCACUGGAAGGUGAUAUUCAUGAAUGGCAUGGAAGGGUUCCUAAAAGCACACUUGCAAAGUUUACGAGGGAAGAUGCGGUUUCAGAUGAUUCACUGGAGGAAAGUUCUCGUCGGUCAGUAAAGAGGGUUCACAGAAGCGAACGAGCUACAUAUUUUGAAAUGGAAGAUGCAAUUUCAGAUGAUUCACUGGAGAAUGAUUCUCUGCAGCAGAAUAGGACUUCUGGAGGCAGCCAAGCCAAAUUUAUUGAGAGAGAUGGUGAAGUUUCAGAUGAUGUGCUGGAAGAAAAUGCUUACCAGCAGCACACAGGAUCUCGUAGGAGUAGGGAAUCCAAAUUUAUUGACAGGGAGAGUGCUGUUUCUGAUGACCAACUGGAGGGCAAUACUUAUCAGCAGCGUAUGAGGAUAUUCAGAACCAAGCAAGCCAAAAUUUCCAAGACAGAAAAUGCAAUUUCAGAUGAUUCAUCGGAGGAAAAUGUUCAGCAGCAACGGCGAGGUAUUCCUAGACGCAAAAGGGCCAAAUUUGUCGGGAGUGAAGAUGCAGUUUCAGAUGAUUUGCUGGAGGAUGAUACUCCUUUGGAGCACAGGAGGAGGACGCCUAGAAGCAGGAAGGCCAAAGUUGUAGGGAGGGAAGAUGCAGUUUCAGACGAUUUGCUGGAGGACAAUACUCAUCUGGAGCACAGGAGGAUGCCUAGAAGCAGGAAGGCCAAAGUUGUAGGGACGGAAGGUGUUUCAGAUGAUUUGCAGGACAACCGCCAAUGGCAGCCUCGGAAGACUCCUAGAGGCAAGCAAGCUCAAUUCAUCGACAGUGAGGAUGUAUCAGAUGAUCAGCUGGAGGAGGAUGCUCACUGGCAGCCAAGGAAGCUUUCUCGCUGCAAGCAAGCUGUGUCUAUCGAGAGGGAAGAUGUUUCUAUUGAUCUAGAGGAGGGCAACACUCAUUGGCAGCCAAAGAUGACUCCUAGCCGCAAGCAAGCAAAGUUUAGUGAGAGUGAAGAUGUUUCAGAUGAUCUGCAGGAGGAUGAUAAUCAUUGGCAACCUAGGAAAACUCCUAGAGGCAAGCAACCCAAGCUUAUUGAGAGGGAAGAUGCAGUUUUAGAUGAUUUGGUGGAGGAAUAUUCUAAUAAGCAGCAGCAGAGGAUUCUUAGAAGCAAACAGAAGAAACCAGUGGCCCUUAGUAAAAUGAAACGGGGGGCCAUUGAGCUGGUGAAACAAGGGAGUUCUAGGCCAAAAAAGAAAGAGAAUUUCCGGUCAAUCAAACAAGAGAAGCAAAUGCCAGAGACUCCUCGGCUUAGAAAUGGUAAAGCUAAGCAUAAUGCUAGACGGGUUGAAUCACGCGAUGAGGAGCUAGAAGGUGGACCUAGCACACGCCUCAGGAAAAGGCCCUCAAAAGCUUCAAAAGAGUCGGAAACAAAGCUAAAAGAGAAGCUGCAAAACAGUAGGAAGAAAGUUAAGAACGCUUCAAGUGUAAAGCCUCUGAGUGGGCAGAAGAAUGUGAAAAAUAAGGUUGAGGAAGCAGAAUAUCAAUGUGACAUUGAGGGGUGCAGCAUGAGCUUUGGCACAAAACAAGAGCUAACUGUGCACAAAAGAAAUAUUUGUCCAGUGAAGGGGUGUGGAAAGAAGUUCUUCUCACACAAAUAUCUGGUGCAGCACCGUCGAGUACACCUGGAUGAGCGCCCCCUGAAGUGCCCCUGGAAAGGGUGCAAGAUGACGUUCAAAUGGGCAUGGGCUCGAACCGAACACAUAAGGGUCCACACAGGAGCUCGCCCUUACAUAUGUGCGGAGGAAGGUUGUGGGCAGACGUUCAGAUUUGUGUCGGAUUUCAGUCGUCACAAGCGGAAGACUGGUCAUUCAGUGAAGAAAAGCAGAGGUUAAUUUAAUGUAGAGAAAUGUAAUUUAAGAUUGGUAAUGGAACAAAAAUGAUAGGCAGAUUAACGUUAAUUCUCUUUUGUAUAUGGGUCUUAAUUAGUCCCAUUUAUUCAAUGCAAUCUGACCAAUUGCUUAUUUAUAAAUCUCUCCAAAGAUUACUAUACUAUUGACUGCCAAGUCACUAGUGGAGAAUAAAUGUAUGUUUUUAUUAUUUUUUUUU